CCUGCUCAGCUCCUCACACUCCUGUUCGAUUCUCCUAGCUGCCUCACUGCUGGGUGACCAGUUACAGGACACCAAAAUGAGCAUGAAAAAGUCUCCUGAAGAACUGAAGAAAAUCUUUGAAAAAUAUGCAGCCAAAGAAGGUGAUCCAGACCAGCUGUCGAAGGAGGAGCUGAAGCUACUGAUCCAGAAUGAACUCCCCGCUUUACUGAAAGGUUCAAGCUCCAUUGAUGACCUCUUCAAAGAACUGGACAAGAACGGAGAUGGAGAAGUUAGUUUUGAAGAAUUCCAGGUGUUAGUGAAAAAGAUAUCCCAGUGAAAGAAAAAACGAAACAAUGUCAUUCUAAGCACCGAAAGAAGAGCACCUGGGAUAUGGCCCUACUCUAGAUGAAUUGCUAAAGUCUCUGUUUAAUUCUUUGCUAUUGUAAUAAUCUGGUGGUGAGGCCCUAAUAAAGAAAUUCUUAAACAUG